GAGGUGCCAUACCGCAGAAUGGCCCUUAUUCCAUAAGAGUACUUAAUCGGAGGGCUGCUGCGCCUCAGGGCGGGAUCAAAUAUCCGUCACCAUCAUGCUGAUUUGGGGGCUGAACGUAUAUCUAGCGCGAACGCUGACAUUAUACACCACUAACUUUCCCCACUCGCUCACACCCAUCCCUCGAACAUGACCUACGUCUCAAAUAAUCCCAGUUGGUGGCCGACAAUCAAUUUGAGGAUUUAUUUCAGCCAUUGGACGGUUGCCGCCGCCGCCGUGGUGGUAUAUGAUUCGGUCUUAACAUUCGGACAAGAGAUUGAACUCAUCUGGAUAUGCUAUAUUGGAAUACCAUUUUCUGUGAAGUAUGCCAUCGGUAUCGCUGACAGAUGCAGCACUAUCACGUACUACGCAAUAAAUGGCACAACUGUGGCGUUGACUGCCAUGUUGGGUGUCAUCAUGAUUGCUCGGUUGCAUGUCAUGUAUCAGGGAUCUAGAAAUAUGCUUAUGUUCCUUGUUAUUAUAUUCCUGGCUGUAAACAUCGCCUGCGGAGUAAUCGUGGCAAUAGCACUCAACGAUACUGUAUUUGAGGAGUUCAUACUCUCUGGCAUAUAUGUAUGCGGUGUUGUAUAUGGAGGGGACAAGCAGCUUCUGUUUUCAAUGGUUUGGAUGCUCAACACUGUUUGGGAGGUCCUCGCACUGUGCCUUUCAGUCUGGGUGGCUGUGAAACACUUCCGUGAGCUGCGACGAUUCGGCUCAUCGACAGGAUCGACCAUCAGGGACUGUUUCAGAGUGCUCAUACAAUCUCACGUUCUCUAUUUUGCAAGCUUCGUUGGUGUCUCUUGCCUCCAUCUUGCUGAUCUCUCUCCAGAAAUCUCGAAUUCAAAUUCCAUUGGAGAUCAGAUACUCAGAGGUGCUCUUGAAAUUUUAUCGGUCGUGCGGAUGUUUGUGUUGGGACCACGCCUCGUCCUUAGCGUUCGAGAAUACAGCGCGAAACUCGUGGCAUACUCUGACGCAGAAACUAGCAUGAAUUUGAUUGUUUUCCAGGAGCAUAGUCCGACCUCCGCUCUCCUCCUGGUACCUGAUGCGCCAUUGGUGCCUUUCGAGCCACUCUGGUACGAAACCAGGAAUUGCCAAGUGGAGCUGGGAAUCCUUUGGGUCAACCUGGAACGAGUCUAG